AUGUUGGGAGACAUCCGCCAUCUUUGCCGCCGCUCCCACACAAAACUGCAGAGGAAGAUGCUCGCCGUUGUCUUCCGCGUGUUGUCAGGCAUCUCCCCGAGGCCCACGAGCAGAGUGCUGGUGGCCUCCAGCAACUUCGCAAACGAUGCUACGUUUGACAUUAAGAAAUGUGACCUUUACCGGCUGGAAGAAGGCCCUCCGGUCACAGCCACGCUCACCAAGGAGGACGGGCUGAAGUACUACAGGGUGAUGCAGACCGUGCGCAGAAUGGAGCUAAAGGCGGACCAGCUGUACAAGCAGAAGAUUAUCCGGGGCUUCUGUCACCUGUACGACGGGCAGGAGGCUUGCUGCGUGGGCCUGGAGGCCGGCAUCGAGCCCACCGACCACCUCAUCACGGCCUACCGGGCUCACGGCUACGCCUUCACGCGGGGCCUGAGUGUCCGGCAGAUCCUCGCCGAGCUCACGGGCCGAAGAGGAGGCUGCGCCAAGGGCAAGGGGGGCUCCAUGCACAUGUACUGUGACAACUUCUACGGGGGCAACGGCAUCGUGGGGGCCCAAGUGCCGCUGGGGACCGGGAUUGCGCUGGCCUGCAAGUAUAACGGGACCGAUGAGGUCUGUUUGACUUUAUACGGCGAUGGCGCUGCCAACCAGGGCCAGCUCUUUGAGGCGUACAACAUGGCGGCUCUGUGGAAGCUGCCCUGUCUCUUCAUCUGUGAGAAUAACCGUUAUGGGAUGGGGACGUCCGUGGAGAGGGCGGCGGCCAGCACGGAUUACUACAAGAGAGGGCACUUCAUCCCAGGACUGCGGGUCGAUGGGAUGGAUGUCUUAUGUGUCCGGGAGGCGACCAAGUUUGCAGCCGCCUACUGUCGAUCCGGAAAGGGGCCCAUCGUGAUGGAGCUGCUGACCUACCGUUACCAUGGACACAGCAUGAGUGAUCCCGGAGUCAGUUACCGGACCCGGGAAGAAAUCCAGAAAGUCCGGCGCAAGAGUGAUCCCAUCAUGCUUCUCAAGGAUAGAAUGGUGAACAGCAAUCUCGCCAGUAUGGAAGAGUUCAAGGAAAUCGAUGCCGAAGUGAAGAAAGAAAUUGAGGAUGCCACGCAGUUUGCCACGUCCGACCCUGAGCCGCCCGUGGAGGAGCUAGGCUGUCACAUCUACAGCUCCGAGCCACCCUUUGAAGUCCGUGGCACAAAUCCGUGGAUCAAGUAUAAGUCUUUUAGUUAA